AUCAGCGCGGAACCCUUUGGCGAGGAGCGCCGGGUCUUACGGGGACCGAUUUACCGAGCGCGCCGAUCUGCGCCAUGGCGGAUAUUCCGACUGACGCGCCUGAACAUUGUCCGGGCACCACCAGUGAGCAGGCUGGGAAGUCAUCAGCAUGCCAGGGAUGUCCCAACCAGACGAUAUGCGCCUCUGGUGCCACCAAAGCUCCAGACCCGGCCAUAGAGGAAAUCAAGCUGAAGAUGGCCACCGUAAAGCACAAGAUUCUGGUUUUAUCAGGGAAAGGGGGCGUCGGGAAGAGCACCUUCAGUGCACACCUGGCUCACGCCUUGUCUAGUGGUGACUCCAAAGAGGUCGCUCUGCUGGACAUAGACAUUUGUGGACCAUCAAUACCCAGAAUAGUGGGGCUGGAGGGAGAGCAGGUUCAUCAGAGCGGCUCUGGCUGGUCUCCUGUGUAUGUAGAGGACAACCUGGCGGUCAUGUCCAUCGGCUUCCUGCUCGGCAGCCCUGAUGAUGCAGUUAUCUGGAGGGGCCCCAAGAAGAACGGCAUGAUAAAGCAGUUCCUGAGGGACGUAGACUGGGGUGAGCUGGACUACCUCGUAGUGGACACGCCACCGGGCACCUCAGACGAGCACCUGUCUGUGGUGCAGUACCUCAGUGGAGCUGGCAUUGAUGGAGCCGUCAUCAUCACCACACCACAGGAAGUGUCACUGCAGGACGUGAGAAAAGAGAUCCGAUUCUGCCAGAAGGUGAAGCUGCCCGUGAUCGGCGUGGUGGAGAACAUGAGCGGCUUUGUGUGUCCCAAAUGCAAGAAUACCUCCCAGAUCUUCCCUCCAACCACGGGAGGAGCCCAGAGGAUGUGCGAGGAGCUCGGGCUGACGCUGCUGGGCAAAGUGCCUCUGGACCCGCGGAUCGGGAGGAGCUGUGACGAGGGAAAGUCGUUCCUGAAUGAAGUACCAGACUCUCCUGCGGCUGCAGCCUAUCAGACCAUAGUGCAGAGCAUAAAGAACUACUGUUCCUCCAAUUUGACAUCAGCUGCGCAUACAGACUAGAUCUGUGGGUCCAUCAAGUGGAGCAUCAUGAAUGGACUGAGUGGACAUUUGAGGAGAGAACUUCGUCAGCGGUCCACUUUCACUGGUGUAACCAUGGAAACGCUGUCAGGUCACUUCUGUCAGUCAGAGGUUGAGUUCUCUGCAUGGCUGAAAAAAGCAUAUUUCAUUCUGUAAACCUGGGAAAAAAUUAAUCUCAUCCAAUUCUAUAAAAGAUCUAUCCUGAAAAAACUCCAGGCUUAGCAGUUUUAAAGGGGAAUGCCACAUUGAUUCAGUGAUUCAGGGGGUUUGGUGUGAAGUGGUUCAGACGUCUUUACAGUGGUGGUGAUGGGAACCAGGCGUCACCAUGACUACAACACAGAUAUAGACACUUUAUUUACCAUCCAGAACCACCAGAGAACCUACACGAGUCUUCUGAGCUUAUAUGGAAUGUUGAUGAUGGAAGGUCUGGGAAAAUAAAGGAUUUUUGGGGGCUAUUUUGACUCAAAACACCCGGCGUAUACACCUCCACUGUGUUAACCACAUCCAGCAGCAUAUUCAUAACCAUUUCAUGUAGGAACUUUCUGUGAGGAGCUUUUAGAGGGACGUCUGGUUCCCAUCACCACCACUGUGAGCAGCUCUGACUCAGAACAGAACGUUUCACACCAAGCCGCUCUGAAUGACUUUGUUUACAUCAUAACUACUAAAUUAAGCAGAAUUUUUAAAGAAUUGGUGGAAUUCCCCUUUGAAAGAGAUUGUAUAAUCAUAAAGAUAAAAUAUUUAAAAUUGCUUAUGACUGUUUUUAGUCCUUUAAAAUCAAUAUCAGCCACAAACCUCAUGUCAGUUAGAUCCUAAAUUGUCCCUUUGUGCUCGGUGUUUGGAAGUCCACCUUAUUUUUUACAUGCUAAAUUGACACCCAGCUGUCAAUCAUCUGUCAUAAAUUCCAGCAGAAAACAUGAGCUGCCUUUUCCAUUGUAUACAUCUCAUGACAAAUGGACCAAUAGAAAUGCUCCAAAAUGAGUUGUAAUAAAAUACAUUUACAUUCGUAUGCAUUACGGGCCCCUGUCAUACAUAUCUUAUUUUUAUAAUUCAUAAUUCAUUUUCCAUGCAGUUUUCCAGCCUCUCUUUAACCCACAGACUGUUCUUGUUGCUGCAGCUUUAAGACUGAUAUGCAAAUGUAUUCUUCUCCAAUUGGCUGCCCUGCGUUGCGCCUAAUUCAAGAAAGCAGGCCAAAACCGUUUCUUUCUGGGCGGGACUAAACUGCUAUAGGCUGAAUAGCAGGCUAUAUUUAAAUGUAUUGGUUUUUGUGACAUCACAAAAACAUUGAACUCAAAAUGAGCUGUUUUUGCUGUUUAGUUUCCAUGUAUGGACUGUAUGGACUGUAUGGAUUGUAUGGACUGUAUGGACUGUAUGGAUUGUAUGGACUGUAUGGACUGUAUGGACUGUAUGGACUGUGGAGCGAAAGAUUUUUGAUUAGUCACUUUAACAGUGCUUAUGUACCACAUUCAACUUAUACUUUUAAAAAAAUGAGGUGGUUUUCUGUGAUAUGGGCCCUUUAAAGUUAAGGUUCUGCUAAUUUAGAGGUUUUCUGAUGACCGUGGCAGUAUGUAAUCGUAAAAGUAGAAAUGGGUCAGACUGAUGACCAUCCACUCGUCCAGCUACUGGUCUUCUUUUGGCUCACAGUUUGUCCCAAAGACUUCCACUCAUCAUGUUAACCUUACGUUGUUUUCUGACUUAAUCUGUCUGCUCAGCUCUGAGACGAGCACUUGGUGACUGUGAUGCUGGAUAUGUAGAAAUAGAGUGAGCCAGCUUUUUAGCUCAAAUUGUCUCUUUAAUGUGUUUAAAAAUAGAGCUGUCAUUCCUUUCUGCUGUGUUUGACUCAGUCUUGUCCAGUUAUGAGUAUCCAGCUAUGAAUUAAGGGGGAAUUCCACUGAUCUCUUCAAAAUUACAGCAUAAUUCUGUGGUUAAUUACUGCAAACAGAGAGAUUCAGAGGGUUUGGUGUGAAAUCGGUUCAGACGUCUUUACAGUGGUGGUGAUGGGAACCAGGCGUCGCCAUGACUACAACACAGAUAUAGACACUUUAUUUACCAUCCAGAACCACCAGAGAACCUACACGAGUCUUCUGAGCUUAUAUGGAAUGUUGAUGAUGGGAAACAGUGGAAAAUCUGGAAUAAUGAGUUUCACCAGCGCGUCCUACGUGUUUCCCUCCACCAUGACAGCGUAUUCAUAACCAUUUCAUAUAAUAGCUUUUUAUGAAGGAGCUUUAUAGACAUUUUGCAUCAAACCGCUUUGAACAACUUGCAUCUUAUCCAUUUAUUUCGGCAAAAUUUUGUAAAAUCACUGGAAUUCCCAUUUCAUUCAAGGCUCAAACACCAAACUUAUGUUUAGUCCAGAUGUUUCUUCACAGAAAUCCGGUAAAAUCGGCUUAUUGUAGUGCUUUUCUGCUCUCAACACAACAAAUCGGCUCAUUAACUCCCGCUCACUGAGUAGAAGUGAUUAAGCUAGAGCAGAGAAAGCGCUAAACUGUGGACCAGCACUGAUCUAGAGGAGGUCUUUCAGAAGGUUCUAUGCCAGCGGUCACCAGCCCUCCUUCUGGAGACCUGCUUUCUGGAAGAACCUCCAUCCCGUCCCUGCUGCCUCCCCUUCACCCAACUCUAAAGCUGCCGAUCCAGCACAUUAACACCUUCUGACCUCUUGAUGUGCUGGAUCAGCAUGUCCAGCUAUUCAGCUUCUUGUUUCUGAAGAAGUUGAUUAGCUGGAGCAGGUGUGGCAGAUUGUGGUUGGAAGUAGACCCAGCAGGCAGGUCGAUCUCCAGGACCAGGUUUGUUGACCGCUGCUCUACAGUUAAGUAAGCAUUAUAUUGAAUAUAUGAAUUCCCACAAUAAAUGAUGUUUGAGUAUAA